AUGUUUAGCACGUGUUACCAAUACAAUUAUAAGAUUCUUGCAAAUUUGAAUAACAUUGAUGACAAAUUGGAAAAAACAAGAUCUGCCUUGGAUGAAUUUGAAGAUGCAAAAUACAUUGAAGAAAACUAG